AAAGAGAGAAGAAGGGUUUGUUGUGGAGGUUUGGCAGCUGGACUGUGAAGAAGAAGAAGAAGAAGAAGAAGAAGAAGAAAUGGACGAAAGAGUUUUACACUGAAACAUGUUUAAAACCUUAAAUCUUCCUGUUUCCGGUUCUGAGUCAAAAUUUGAGGUUUGUGACGCUUCCGGUCAAAUUCACCUCGUUGACGAGUCUGAGAUCGAUUCAGUUCAGGAUCAGGAUCAGGAUCAGGACCAGGAUCAGGAUCAGGAUCAGGACCAGGACCAGGAAGACUGAUGGCGUGGUGGUGGUCUCUGAUCCACUGUCUCCUCCUUGCUUCGUCCUCUGCUCACGAUGACUUCUUCACCUCCAUCGGUCAGAUGACCGACCUGCUCUUCACAGAGAAGGACCUGGUCACGUCCCUGAAGGACUACAUCCGGGCGGAGGAGAACAAACUGGAGCAAAUCAAAAAAUGGACUCACAAAGUAGACGUCCUCUCAGCUGCUGCCACUCAGGACCCUGAAGGCUUCCUGGGACAUCCGGUGAACGCCUUCAAGCUGAUGAAGAGACUCAACACGGAGUGGGCGGAGCUGGAGAGUCUGGUGCUGACGGACGUGUCUGAUGCCUUCAUCUCUAACCUCACCAUCCAGAGGCUACACUUCCCAAACGAUGGCGAUCAGACGGGAGCUGCCAAAGCUGUGAUGCGUCUCCAGGACACGUACCAGCUGGACACGGACACCAUGUCCACCGGGGCGCUGCCAGGCUCGUCCUCGGCCACGUGGCACCAGAGUCGUCUGACGGUGGACGACUGCUCCGACCUGGGGAAGGUGGCGUACUCGGAGGCGGACUACUACCACACAGAGGUGUGGAUGGUCCAGGCCCUGAAGCAGCUGGACCAGGGAGAGACGUCCAGCACAAUGGACGCCGUCACCAUCCUGGACUACCUGAGCUUCUCGGUGUACCAGCAGGGGGAGCUGGAGAGGGCGCUGGAGUUCACCAGGAGGCUGCUGCAGCUCGAUGCGACGCACCAGAGAGCAAACGGGAACUUGAAGUACUUCGAGUAUCAGCUUUCCAAGCAGAAGAAGAUGGAGGAGGCCGAGGGGCGACAGACGAGGGAGACGAGGGUUCCACCUGACGACUACCUGCCGGAGAGGAAGAGCUACGAGCAGCUGUGUCGAGGCGAAGGCAUCAGGAUGACGCCGCGCAGGCAGAGCCGCCUCUUCUGCCGCUACUACGACAACAACCGCCACCCGAGGUAUGUGAUUGGUCCGGUGAAGCAGGAAGACGAGUGGGACCGCCCCCGCAUCGUCCGCUACCACGACAUCGUGUCGGACCAAGAGAUGCAGAAGGUGAAGGAGCUGGCGAAGCCCAGGCUGCGUUGAGCCACCAUCUCCAACCCAGUGACCGGAGUUCUGGAGACGGCCCACUACCGCAUCAGUAAGAGUGCCUGGCUCGGAGCCCAUGAGCAUCCAGUGGUCGACCGGAUCAACCAGAGGAUCCAGGACAUCACGGGUCUGGACGUCUCCACGGCCGAGGACCUGCAGGUGGCCAACUAUGGUGUCGGAGGACAGUACGAGCCUCAUUUUGACUUUGGACGGAAGGACGAGCCGGACGCCUUCGAGUCCCUGGGGACAGGAAACAGAAUCGCCACGUGGCUUCUUUACAUGAGCGACGUGCAGGCAGGGGGCGCCACAGUCUUCACUGACGUCCGAGCUUCCAUCUGGCCCAAGAAGGGGACGGCGGUGUUCUGGUUCAAUCUGUUCCCCAGCGGUGACGGAGACUAUCGGACCCGGCACGCCGCCUGUCCGGUGCUGGUCGGGAACAAGUGGGUGUCCAAUAAGUGGAUCCAUGAACGAGGACAGGAGUUCAGGAGACGCUGUGGCCUGCAGGAGACGGACUGACGACUUGUCCUCCUCCUCCUCGUCCUCUUCCUCCUCGUCCUCCUCCUCCUCGUCCUCCUCCUUCUCC